AGUUAUUAGAAAUUGAAAGUAAUGGCAGCAGAAUUUAUAAAGAGUUGUUGUAGAGGAUGUUUUUAUGGUGAAACGGAAAAGCACAAGUUUUCUGCAGAAAGAGACUUUAAAGCAUCAGCCUCAAAUAGCCAAAAUGCCGUCGGUAUACCUCCAUUGACUUCUGUUUUAGUAAAGCCCCAAGUCGGUUGUAAUGAGGAUUAUUUGCUUUCCAAAUUACCAUGUGAUGGUAAAGAAGUACCAUUUGUGGUGCCCAGGUUUAAAUUAUCUUAUAUUCAGCCGAGGACACAAGGAACUCCUUCACAUUUGGAUGAACUGGAAGGAUCUGCUAGAGCAUCUUUUGGAGAUCAAAAGACAGAACUUUGUAGUUCAUUCUACCAUGGACCCAGCUAUGAUGUGUAUAAUCCAUGCUAUAUGUAUCAACACUUUUCACCUGAUUUAAGUAGGCGUUUUCUUUCUCAUCGUGAAACAAAAAAGUUAUAUGGAUCUGUUUGUGAUUUAAGGACCAGUAAACUUUCUGGUUCCCCUGGGCUAAGCAAAUCUAUGCUCGAUCUUACAACUUCAUCUCAACGAUUCAUCCAGAGACAUGACUCAUUUUCCAGUGUGCCUAGUAGUUCUUCUUCAAGAAAAAAUUCUCAGGGCAGUAACAGAAGCCUGGAUACAAUUACCCUAUCAGGAGAUGAAAGAGACUUGGGGAGAUUGAAUGUGAAAUUGUUUUAUAAAUCUUCAGCAGAACAGAUCUGGAUCACAGUUUUACAGUGCAGAGAUAUAAGUUGGCCCUCUAGUUAUGGAGACACUCCCACAAUUUCUAUAAAAGGCGUUUUAACAUUGUCCAAACCAGUACAUUUUAAAUCUUCAGCCAAAGAAGGUUCUAAUGCUAUUGAAUUUAUGGAAACAUUUGUAUUUGCUAUUAAACUACAAAAUCUACAAGCAGCGAGACUUGUAUUUAAGAUUCAAACCCAGACUCCCAAGAAGAAAACCAUUGGAGAAUGUUCUCUUUCACUCAGAACUCUUAGUACCCAGGAAAUGGAUUACUCGUUGGAAAUAAUACCACCUUCAAAAUUUCCUGUUUGCCAAGCAGAACUUGAACUGGGGACUUGUUUUCAAGCAGUAAAUAGCAGGAUUCAGCUGCAAAUUCUCGAGGCACAGUACCUUCCAAGUUCAUCAACACCUCUGGCUUUGAGUUUUUUUGUGAAGGUAGGGAUGUUUAGCUCAGGAGAGCUGAUUUAUAAGAAGAAGACACGCUUACUGAAGGCCACCAGUGGAAGAGUGAAAUGGGGAGAAACUAUGACUUUUCCACUUAUACAGACUGAAAAAGAAAUUGUUUUCCUUAUUAAACUUUACAGUCGGGGCUCUGUUAGAAGAAAACAUUUUGUGGGCCAGCUCUGGAUAAGUGAAGACAGUAAUAAUAUUGAAGCAGUAAACCAAUGGACAGAGACAAUUACAAAUCCGGAAAAGGUUGUUAUCAAGUGGCACAAGUUAUAUCCAUCUUGAAGACUUCGGACAUUAAUUUAGUGAAGAGACAGCUUAACAUUCUUUUAGAACAUACUUUCUAAAACUUGUAAUGAGUUCUAUUAGGUGUACAAAGUGAAUGAAAUGUUUUAAAAUAGUGCCAAAAUAUGAUAAAAUAAAAGGGUAGUAGCAGUAGGCCAACUUAAUGGAUUAUAAAAUCUAUAAAACUAUCAAUCCUAGAUAGAAAUUUCUAUAUUGGUUUUACUUUUGUUUUAAAGAUAUUCAAAACAUAGCACAUCAAUCUUUUUUAAGUACUGUUACAUAUUUACAAGACUUUACCACUUUUCUGUGCUAGACCUGAUUAAUUAGAUCUUGGUUACACUGUUUAUAUCUUUAUAUGUAUUUUUCUCACAACAAAAAUGAAUUGAACCAUUCCAUUAAUUUUUUACUGUAUUUGAGGAAAAUUUGUACCCUACACUUACAAUUUUUUAUCUAUAAGUUAUUGCAUGGACAUUUUAUAAGCUGCUUAUUUCCUGGAGAAUUAGAGAAUUACUUACAUUUUUCAAAGAAUAAAUAAAGCUUGGAGCUAGCAGGAUUGCUUGGUGGGAAAGAUACUUGUCACCACACAGACAGUUUGAGUUCCAUCCCUGAAAUGCAACAUGAUGGAAGGAGAGAAACAAUCCCUUCAUAUUGUUCACUGUCAUUAACAUGUAUACCAUCAAAAUACACACAGAGA